UAUGCAGCACUGCCUUAUGCACGCUGAUUUUGUUUUCAUUCAGAAAUAGUAAAUAUCCCAAAUAAUUAUGAAAAUAUCUCGAUUUAAGAAGUCCCACAAAACGUUGGUGUUUUUUGCCUCCAAUUUCGACUACCGGGAACCCUACCAGGUGCUUAUUGAUGCCACUUUUUGCCAGGCCGCUCUACAGCAAAAAAUUGGCAUAGAUGAGCAGAUAAGGAAGUACUUUCAGUGUGGAGUUAAGCUACUGACUACCCAGUGUGUUAUCCUGGAGGCGGAAUCCUUGGGAGGUCCGCUGACCGGAGCCACAUCCAUUGUCAAGCGAUUCCAUGUCCACAAAUGCGGACACGAGGGAAAACCAGUGGCUGCUGCAGAAUGCAUUAAAACAAUGACUAGAGACAAUCGCUAUAUAGUGGCCUCGCAGGAUCGUCUGCUGCAGGAGAGUCUUCGCAAGAUUCCCGGACGUUGUCUACUAUAUCUGCACAAAGCCACGCCCGUUUUAGAAGCCCCCUCUAAAGCCUCCAAAAAGUGGGUGCAACGCCGCGCCAAGAACUUAAUGCUGGGCAAACAGGCCGAGAAAAUCGACUACAUGAAGGAGAAACAGGGACUAAAGCCAGCCGAAACUGCUCCAAAUCCCAAGAAACACAAAGGACCCAAAAACCCCAAUCCGUUGUCGUGCAAAAAGAGCAAAAAGGAGAAGGUCAAACAGCCACUCAAGGGAGUGGAGCAGAACACAAUAACCAAGGCGAAACGGAAAAGGGUAAAGUUACCCGCUCAUGUAAAGGCAGCGUUAGCAAAAGAUUAGAUUUAAUUUCGUAGAUAAAUAUAAGACAAAGAAAAGUAAA